CGGAGACUAAACCACUUCCUAGUCAAGAUGGCGGCUCCCUUGACUGUGGUUCUGAUAGUAGCCGUUACCGUCCGAGCCUGUCUGUUCCGGUCCAGUUUAGCGGAUCUAAUAGCAGAAAGAGUGGAGGUGGUGUCCCCGUUAAACGCCUGGAAAAGAGUGGUUGAAGGUUUGGCUUUGUUGGACCUGGGAGUCUCACCGUACUCUGGAGAUGUUUUCCAUGAGACUCCUCUCAUCAUUUACCUCUUCCACUUCUUGGUGGACUAUGCAGAGAUAACAUUUAUGUUGGCAGAUGUCAUCACUGCUGUGGCUUUGUACUACGCUGUGCAGGACUACAACACACAAGUGCUCAGACAGCAGAAGUUUGCCUUGGAGGCAGAGCGCCUCCCCCUGGACAGUCUGGAGCUCAUCAGAAGUCCCAGACAGAUGUACUACAUACCUCUGAAGGUGGCCAUGGUGUACCUGUUGAACCCGUUCACCGUUCUGUCCUGCGUGGCCAAAUCCACCUGUGGUCUGAAUAACGCCAUCGUUGCCCUCUUCAUCCUCUCCACUAUUAAGAAGAAUGCCUUGCUCAGUGCCAUAUUUCUGGCCUUGUCUACCUACCAGUCCAUCUACCCUGUGACUCUGUGUGCUCCAGCGGUGCUCUACCUGCUGCAGCGUCAGUACAUCCCAGUGAACGUCCGCUGGGCCAGUUUCUGGUGGUUCCUGCUCCAGUAUGCCUUCAUGUACCUGGGCAGCCUGUUCGUCAUCAUCUGCCUGUCCUUCUUCCUGCUGGGCUCCUGGGAUUACCUGCCCUCUGUCUAUGGAUUCAUUCUGUCGGUUCCAGACCUGACCCCGAACAUUGGACUCUUCUGGUAUUUCUUCGCAGAGAUGUUUGAACACUUCCGGCUUUUCUUCCUCUGCGUCUUCCAGAUUAACGUCUUCUUCUACACCAUCCCUUUGUCCAUCAAACUCAAGGAGCACCCGGUCUUCCUGAUCUUCAUGCAGUUAGCUGUCAUCUCCAUCUUUAAGUCCUAUCCCACCGUGGGGGACAUCGCUCUGUACAUGUCCUUCCUUCCUGUCUGGAGUCACCUGCACAGAUUCCUCAGGAACAUCUUCUUGGUGUCUUGUGUGCUGCUGGCCUGUUCUGCUCUGUUUCCUGUCCUCUGGCAUCUGUGGAUCUACUCUGGCAGCGCCAACUCCAACUUCUACUACGCCAUCACACUGCUGUUUAAUGUGGCUCAGAUCCUGCUGGUGUCAGAUUACUUUUAUGCCUUCCUGAGGAGAGAACACCACCUGACCUACGGCCUGUACCUGAAGCGGAAGGAUGGCUCCGAGGCCACACUGGUUCUGAAGUAAAGCCCGGUCGCACGCCGCACCGUUCGGAGCCUCUGAUUGGCUGACACUGAACACAGGCGCCACUGGUCCUCGAAGGGAACAAGCACAAACUGUCGAGGACCAAAGCUCCUCUGUUCCACCCACAGCCCCUCCCCCCAGGUGGGCAGGUACAGUGUCACAUGACCCUCCUGUCCACUCAGAUGUGGGUGGGACUUGGACAUGGACAUGUAUGACGGACACUUUUCUAACCUUUGUUUUUCAUCGUCCCUGUCCUCAUGGACAUAAUAAAGGCUGACGGUCUGUCCAGCUGCUCUUGAACAUCACACACACUCUUCUCAUACCAACAGUUUGGAUUUAUUUAUUUUACUGCACUGGAAUCUUUUGGAGGAUAUUUAAUGUUUUGAUUAUCAUCAGUUUGAUUCAGAAAAAUGGAAGGGUUUUUUUGUUCUUCUGAUGAUGUGUACAUGUUUUGUUUUGUGUUUUUAUGGUAUUAAUGCAGGGUUUGGAAGGGGUUAUAUUUGAACAAGUUAACAUGUCAUGAACAAACAGAAUUAAACAUGUGUU